AUGAGGCUACCCUCUGAUAUCCCUGCAGAUUAUAUAAUUCCACAAGCUAUAAGGGAAAAGCUCAACCUGCCCAGCUAUAUCCUCACUGCCCCUAUUAAAGAUCUAGCUCAAGUCGAAAGCCACGUAAAUAGUAUUCCUUCGCGUUUGAUCAUGGAAAAGCAAGCUCUUCACGUUUAUAACGAUAUCAAAACCGCUAUCUUCAAUCUUUGUGAUUUGGAUGAAAUUCCAUUCGUGUUGCCACACAACAUCAAAUCGUACUUCAAAAAACUUCAAGGCGAUUUUGUCUUGGAAAAAACUAAAAAGAAGUUUAUUAAGAUCUACGAAACUGCAUUAAGAGAGCUACAUGAGCGUUUAGCUGUAGAGGAAUUGAAGAAAAGAAAUUACAAGGAAGCACAGUUGGAAUCCACUUCAGAGAAUGCUACUAGCGAAAAUGACAGAGGCUCGGAAACUGCUUCUUUAUCAACCAUGACGUCUUCAGGCAGUCGAUUGUAUGUAAAGAAAAACCGAAAACAGUUCACAAUUCCUGUUCCAAGCGUUUAUUCAACAGCACCCCAUAAACCAAAAUUGCAGAGAGGAGAUUUCGUGAAGCUGAGUGAAAUAUGCUCAAUCGCUAUGGACUUCACGUUUGGGGAGAAGGCGAUGGUUGAUCAGCAUGAUUUGCAGAGCUAUGCCACUUCACGAGAAGAACAAGAGGCACGUUACUCUCUGCAGCAAUUUGGCGGUAUGGAGGAAUACAUCAAAGAGCUAUUGUCAGCCAACAUCGCCGUUUUGCCCGCAAUCGCCUGGAAGCAUGCAAUACAUAGAAGCUCAGAUGGUUUAGCUCAUCAAUUUGCAAGAGUGAUUGCUUUGACCCUGACAGACUUCACUUCAAAUUGCCGGCAAGCUCCAAGCCAGAUUGGAGAGCACGAGAGAACGGCCUUUGUAAAGUACGUGGUCCCUACAUUCAAAUACCUCAGCCAAGAAACUGGCUAUACUGUCAUGUCUUGGUGCGAAAAAAAAGUAGAGACGCAAAUGUUGUCCAGUUUACAAGCAAACAACUAUUCGACUUCUGCAUGUGAUACCAAGUAUGCUGAUGGUCUUGGUGUCAACAGCUUGACGAAUGAAGAAGAGUUGUUUAUUGAGUCAAGCAGUGGAAUCAAUAGGGAGAAUGUGGCCCACUCUUUGAAUGACACUAUCAAGCUCAUCACAGAGUGCUCUGGUGCAUUGCAACAUAUUGUACAGAAGCACCCAAACGCCUCCCUUGAUACAAUGUGUCUGAAGGAAGUUUAUGGCUUGCAAGUUGUCAAGAAGCAAGCUACGCUUACAAAGGUAGCUUUGACAAAAGUUACAAAGAAAUGGAGCGUUGUUGAGCUACGCUCAUCAGAAAUACCCGUUGACUGGGCAACCCGCUACUACUGGUUGUCCAUGUUUGAGCUCAUGGCUACGUUGGUGUUGGCGCAAAGAAAUCAAGAGAAGGUGAAUGAUAUGCUAGCCCAGGAAUCAGCGGGUAUCUUGCCCUUCAGUUCGCCAAAGGUGGCCCUCUUCUUUGAACAGUAA